GCAAAGGUCUGGGCCGGAGGCCAUGGACACGAACACUUGGCAGUGGUUCGCGUGUUCUCGACCGACGAAGAGGUGAUGCUGCUGAACAUGAGCAAGAUGGGUUGGGACCAGACGGUGCCCUGCACGAGCAAGUCGAACAUGAGCGCCAUCGACCUCAUCUUGGUCUACAGCAAGGACCUGUCCGGCAAUUCUAUGGCCAACGAGGUCGUGAUGGAUAUGGUGAACGGCUUCCAGAUGAAGAUGGACAUGGAGAUGUAUGGCUCAACGAAUGUGACAAUGGGCACGAUGUACGACUGGAUGGAGUGCUUCUCGGCCAUCAAGAGCAUGUCGGCCAUGCUGAACCCGGAGCAAGACGUCUACGACAGCAAUGGCUACACCACGAACAAGCACUGGGUCUCUGGCCCCAACCACGUUUUCAAGAAGAUCUUGGAUGCCAUGUACAUGGGCGAGUACAUGGACAUGUACGACUCCUUCUUCCUCAUGGAGAUGGAUGCGGUCCCCAUCAAGGACAACUGGCUCGACCAGUUCGAGAUGGAGGCACAUGAAGUUCAUGACAACGACCAGGCGGUGCGUGGCAGCCAGUACCUAGGCGACAAGUGGGACCUGUUCAAGCAAAUGAUGCCAGUGUACUUGGUCGAGCACAUCAACGGCAAUGCCAUCUACAACCUGAAGAACAGCUGGACCAAGUACCUAUACCAGGCCUUCACGAUGGCCGGGGAUGCGAGCAUGAUGGAAGAGAUGGCCUUCGACGUGGCUUUCGCCAUGAUGACCAUGGCCGCUGAGUCCGGGGAUCCGAUGUAUGCCGCCAACUGGACGGGCAACAACAUGACCUACAACACGCACACGAUGUUGGUGGGAAACUACGCCAACACCCUCCUGAACACGAGCUUCGAGUUCGGCAGCUACAUCCGUCACGGCUCCAGCAAGAAUCUCUUCGAGAACUUGGAUGACGACAAGGUCACCUUGGGAGUGGCAUACUUCGAUCAUCAGGGCCACUUCAUGGAGACCGUGCCCACUCACCACCCCUUCAAGAAGAUCCUGGGCAUCACCUACUUCGACCAGCCGAACAGCACAAUGAAGAUCGAAGCUCCUGGAG